UCUGUCACUGGCUUUGGUGAUUCGAAAGGCAGACACAUUCUUUCAUCUCUGUUGAUCCUCAUCUGAUACAGGAUUUUCCUGCCAUUAAAUCUGGAGAAAGAAAAAUAAGCGCUCAAACCUGCACAAGCAAGUAUUCCUCCUCGACUCCUGCUCACCACCCCACCCCCCUUUACUCUGUCGGACCAUUUUUAGCAUCUGUGGCUGCGGGACUCCGGAGAUGGAUGGGCUGGGGGAGCCGAAGGGCACCUCUGAGGAGGAGCAGGACCAGGCAGACCCCCAGGACAGUAGGGCUUCCACAGCUGGGUGGCUCUAAGCCACCAGGUGCGUGAAAGGCCACGGGAUGCUGGUGCUGCUGCUGCAUGCGGUAGUCCUCGGCCUGCUCAGCGCCUGGGCAGAGGAGGCGUGCACGCGUACCUGCCCGGCCGCCUGCGCCUGCAGCAGCACCGAGCGCGGCUGCUCCGUGCGCUGUGACCGCGCAGGCCUCCUGCGGGUGCCGGCCGAGUUUCCGUGCGAGGCAGCCUCCAUCGACCUGGACAGGAACGGCCUGCGCUUCCUGGGCGAGCGGGCCUUCGGCACGCUGCCGUCGCUUCGCCGCCUGUCGCUGCGCCACAACAACCUGUCCUUCAUCACGCCCGGCGCCUUCAAGGGCCUGCCGCGCUUGGCCGAGCUGCGUCUGGCGCACAACGGCGAGCUGCGCUACCUGCACGCGCGCACCUUCGCCGCGCUCAGCCGCCUCCGCCGCCUCGACCUGGCCUCCUGCCGCCUCUUCACGGUGCCUGAGCGCCUCCUGGCCGAGCUGCCCGCCCUGCGAGAGCUCGCCGCCUUCGACAACCUGUUCCGCCGCGUGCCCGGCGCGCUGCGCGGCCUGGCCAACCUGACGCAUGCGCACCUGGAGCGCAGCCGCAUCGAGGCGGUGGCCUCUAGCUCGCUGCAGGGCCUGAGGCGCCUGCGCUCGCUCAGCCUGCAGGCCAACCGCGUCCGCGCCGUGCACGCAGGCGCCUUUCGCGACUGCGGCGCCCUGGAGCAUCUGCUGCUCAAUGACAACCUGCUGGCCGAGCUGCCUGCCGAAGCCUUCCAAGGCCUGCGCCGCCUGCGCACGCUCAACCUGGGCGGCAACGCGCUGGGCCUUGUGGGGCGCGCCUGGUUCGCCGACCUGGCGGAGCUUGAGCUGCUCUACCUGGAUCGCAACAGCAUCGCCUUUGUGGAGGAGGGCGCCUUCCAGAACCUCUCGGGCCUCCUUGCUCUGCACCUCAAUGGCAACCACCUCACCGUGCUGGCCUGGGCUGCCUUCCAGCCUGGCUUCUUCCUGGGCCGCCUCUUUCUCUUCCGCAACCCGUGGCGCUGUGACUGUCGCCUGGAGUGGCUGCGGGACUGGAUGGAGAGCUCCGGGCGCGUGGCCGACGUGCCGUGCGCCUCCCCAGGCUCCGUGGCCGGCCUGGACCUCAGCCAGGUGGCCUUUGCGCGCACUUCCGAUGGCCUCUGUGUGGAUCCCGAGGAGCUGAACUUCACCGCAUCCAGUCCAGGCCCGUCCCCAGAGCCUGCGGCCACCACCGUGAGUAGGUUCAGCAGCCUCCUCUCCAAGCUGCUGGCCCCAAGGGCCCCGGUGGAGGAGGUGGCCAACACUACUGAGGGAACGCUCAACACCUCUCUGUCUGACAGCCUUCUCUCCGGCGGGGUCGUUGUUUUGGGCCACAGCACCUGGUUUCUCCUCGGCUCUGGUCUCCUGCUCAUCGUGGUGUUUGUCCUACACAUGGACUGACCUUGCCUCACUGGGGUGGCCCAGAUUGCCUUGGCCAGUGGAGGAAAGUUGAGUUAACUGGCUUGAGGUGUUUGUGGUGGGGGAAGAGGGGAACUGGAUGGGGCAGGUGGUGAAAAUUCCAGCCCAGGAUGGAAGGGACAGUUUACUUCCAGAGAUGGUCCUAGGAGGAGGAGAGCCCUGGGCAGUGCCACACCGGGAUGGGGUGAAGGUGGGGAGAAGAAUGGAUUUAUGCUCAUGUCACCUGGGCAUCAAUUGGACAAGAGAAGCAAGAGUGAACAUGGGCCCUCCAGUGAGAAGAUUAGGAAUUGGAAGCUCUUAGGGCUACAGCGCUCUACCCCCAUCCCUUGCCCCCAUCUUCCAGGACACAGAGACUGCAGUGCCUGAAUUAGAGUCAAUCCAGUGGCUAAAUACUAAGAACUGUGCUAGUUUUCCUGGCAGGACAGCCCAUUAAGCCCAGUCCCUUUGUUUUCUACCACAAUUGCGCUCCCCCUCCCCUAGGGGCAAGGGCCACUAGGAUCCAGAAAGAUGGACAGGACAGGAGAGAAGGGGGAUGUGAGAGGAACUUAGACUGGAGGGAGGUGGCCAUGGUUCCUGGGGUCUGGAAUGUGUUAAGAGGCAUUGAAAACAAAGACCCGUUUCACUUACUCCACAAUUAUUCCCAGGGGUGGCCUUAGCCACAAAGCAACUUUAGGGCAGGGUAGGGGAAAAAAGAGGGGGAGAGGGUUUCUGUAUACAAAUAAAUGGGUAAAAUCCUAAGAUUAAAAAAAGAAAAACGUUAAACAAGUUUUUGUACCUCAGGAGUUUUUUUUAGAGUCUUUCAUAUGCAAACAUGCAUUGUGAAUCUCCAGGAAGGCCACAAAAUCCUCUUUUCUUAGGUUUUGUGGGAAGAGUGUCCGGAGGACAGAGAUGCUGUUAGUAGGGCAGGGAGUCUUCAGCUUGGAUGAUCCCAUUAGGUGCGGAAAUCAUUAUGGGCGGCACACUUUGGGGCUGACUAAUGGCCAGGAGGAAAGGAGGCAGCCAAUAGCUGGGAAGGGGGCCUGACAGAUUUCCCAGGGUGGGAGUUGGCCAACUCUAAGCCCCCAGGCCUGAGUGCCAGGGCAAAUUCUGUAUGUCUGCUAAAUACUUGCUCAAGCAGUUCUCCACGCACAAGUAAUGAUGACUUCAUUCGUCAACUUGCUGGAAAUCCGCAGUUUUAAUGUCCUGAAUUCCUCUGUCUAUAUUUACAGAGCUGGGUUUUCAAAGCUCACAUAAUUCAGGGUGCACCAAGCUGUCAGGUCUUCAUGGUGAUAGUACUUCUGUGUCUGUAGGUGAUACUAAACAUUAGAAAUGUUGGAGAAAGACCUCUGAGGGUAGGAGUGUUCAAACGGGCUGUGACCAUUAGUGGUCAAUCAACUCAAUUUAAUGGGUCACAACCAGCGUUCAAAAAAAAACCAAAAAAACAAAAAAACAACCAAGGUAGAAUAGAACAGAAAAGACAGAGUCUCACAUGUAACAAGUAUUGUUUUGUAAAACUUAAUUUGUAUGCAUUUAUUCAUAUUAUAUGUGUAUGUAUGUAUGUUGUGUCUGGAUUGCUGCGUACAAUUUAUAUUUUAUUGUAGGCUGUUGUUUUUUUCUCUUGUGGGCUAUUGUUAAGAAAGUUUGAAAGUCACUAAUCUGGAGCCUGCAUGAUUUUUAAAAACUUUUUAUUUUGAAAAGUCUCAAACUUACAGAAAAGUUGCCAGAAUAAUAGAAUGAACACUCUGGCCGUUCACCUAGGUUUCCCAGUUGUUAACAUUUUACUGUAUUUGAGGUAUAUAGUUUGAGUUAGUUGUAAACAUCACAGCCCUUCACCCCUAAAUACCGUAGUAUGUAUUUCCUAGUCAGGAACUUUAUCAUUGAUAGAAUAGUAUUAUUUAAAAUAUACUCUAUAGUGAAAUUU